AUCAACUUCUCUGUCUUUGGACAAUGACUUCUUUGUUCUUCUUAGCUCUCCUUUUCUCGUCUAUUCUCACGGGAAAUGUUGAUGCUAAUCCAAAUUACAGAGAAGCACUCUCCAAGUCAUUGCUCUUCUUCCAAGGUCAGCGAUCUGGUCGUCUCCCUAGAGACCAACAAGUCUCCUGGAGGGCUAGCUCCGGCCUUUCUGAUGGUUCUACCGCUCAUGUGGACUUAACGGGUGGGUAUUACGACGCGGGAGACAACAUCAAGUUCAAUUUCCCAAUGGCGUUUACCACGACAAUGCUUUCAUGGAGCACACUUGAGUACGGUAAGCGUAUGGGUCCUGAGCUUAAAAACGCACGUGAGAACAUCCGUUGGGGAACGGAUUAUCUCCUGAAAUGUGCUAGAGCAACUCCGGGCAAGCUUUAUGUCGGAGUAGGAGAUCCUAACGUUGAUCACAAAUGCUGGGAACGCCCUGAAGACAUGGACACACCUCGUACAGUCUACUCUGUUUCUUCUUCUAACCCUGGCUCAGAUGUAGCAGCUGAAACCGCAGCAGCUCUCGCUGCUGCAUCUAUGGUUUUCAGGAAAGCUGAUCCUAAGUACUCACGUUUGCUGCUCGCAACAGCUAAGAACGUUAUGCAGUUUGCUAUUCAGUACAAAGGCGCUUACAGUGAUUCCCUUUCUUCAUCUGUCUGCCCUUUCUACUGCUCUUACUCUGGUUACAAGGAUGAGCUGAUGUGGGGUGCAGCCUGGCUACUGAGAGCAACCAACAACCCGUAUUACAAAAAAUUAAUAAAAUCUCUAGGAGGUGGAGAUCAGCCUGAUACCUUCAGCUGGGACAACAAAUACGCUGGCGCCUAUGUUCUUCUUUCACGUGUUCGUCUAACUUUUAUAAUUCUCACUAUUAGACUCAUCAACUCACAACAAAGCUUGUCACUUUUUUUUUGGCAGAGAGCAUUGCUUAACAAAAACAAACACAACAACUUUGAACAAUACAAACAAUCAGCUGAGAAUUUCUUGUGCAAGAUCCUCCCACACUCUCCCUCUUCCUCCACCCAAUACACUCAAGGAGGACUAAUGUACUUGCAACCUCAGAGCAAUCUCCAAUACGUAACCGCCAUCACAUUCCUCCUAACAACCUACGCCAAAUACAUGAAAUCGACACGUCACACAUUCAAAUGCGGAAACUCAGUCAUCGUCCCCAACGCAUUGCUAACCGUAUCGAAGCGACAAGUGGAUUACAUACUCGGAGAGAAUCCGAUCAAGAUGUCGUACAUGGUUGGAUUCGGACGCAGAUUCCCGAAGAGGAUCCACCACAGAGCGUCGUCUCUCCCUUCGCGCGCGGUUCAUUCGAAACCGUUGGGAUGCGACGGCGGACGCCAAUCGUUUUACACUAAGAAACCUAACCCUAAUGUACUCACGGGAGCGAUCGUAGGGGGACCGAAUCAGAAGGAUCGGUAUCCGGAUAAGAGGGAUGAUUAUACUCACUCGGAGCCGACGACUUACAUUAACGCGGCGUUCGUCGGACCUUUGGCGUACUUCGCCGCCGUUAGAUCGGGUUGAGAUCGAAUCCGCCGCGUGAUUGCGUAGUUACUUUGUUUUGACAUGAACAGUUCAUAAGUGUUUU